AUGGGUUGUUUCUUCAUACACAUUGCUCUCAUCUUGGUUCUCCUUUUCAAAGGUGCUUCAUGUGCCACAUUUACUCUAGUCAACAAAUGUGAUUACACGGUGUGGCCCGGGAUUUUGGCCAAUGCAGGGAGCUCCGGAUUGGACUCAACCGGGUUUGAGCUCCGCCCCGGUGGUUCCCGGAGUUUUCAGACACCGCCCAACUGGUCGGGAAGAUUCUGGGGCCGAACCGGAUGCAACUUUGACCCGAAUACCCAACAAGGUAGUUGCACAACAGGAGACUGUGGCUCUAAUCAGGUCCAAUGCAACGGUGGCGGGGCAAGCCCACCCGCCACGUUGGCGGAGUUCACAAUCGGGUCGGGGUCCGGAACCCAGGAUUUUUAUGAUGUGAGCCUCGUUGACGGUUACAACUUGCCGUUAAUUGUGGACCCCAGUGGCGGAUCGGGUACGUGCGGGUCCACCGGGUGCGUUGCGGACCUGAACCAACGGUGCCCCAACGAGUUACGCGUGGCGGAUCGCCCCGCGUGUAGGAGCGCGUGCGAGGCGUUUCGGAGCCCCGAGUAUUGCUGCAGCGGCGCGUACGCUUCACCCGCGACAUGCAAGCCUUCUAUUUACUCGCAGGUAUUCAAAUCCGCGUGUCCAAAAUCGUAUAGCUACGCGUACGACGACGCUACGAGUACGUUUACGUGUACGGGAGCUGAUUAUACCAUUACGUUCUGCCCUUCAACCACAAGCCAAAAAUCGGCAAGAGAUUCACCACCUCCUCCGUCUGGAAGUGAGUCUGAAGCAGGAACAGGGGAGAUGCCAUUGAUAGUUAAUAAUAAUAAUCCAUGGUUUCCCAACUUUUUCACUGGACUCUCAUCCAACCCUCAUUCAUGUCCCUUGCCAUUGAUUCUUACACUCACUCUGAUAAUCUUCUUCUCUAUGCAACACUGA